GUGCAUGAGAGGGAACCCCCUUUUUUUUGCAUGUGUUCUUUUUCUGCGUUUGGGGGGAGGGUUUGGGUGAAGGAAUGGUUUGGUGGAAUGGAUUCCGUUACCUGGAUAUCCUGGACUUUCAGUUUCUUGCCAUGACAAUUCCAAGCACCAAGACAUACCAAGACUUUGAGUGGCUCCUGGCUCGGGUGGAUGUGGCGGUACCACGCAAUCAGCCCGACUGCUAAGUAGUGUUGAGGAUCCUGGGUACUGUAAAUAAAUGCUUGAUUUUACGAAGACUACUAGGCUGCAGUAGGGUAGUGCAUAGUGCUAGGCUCUAGGUGAGUACUAAUUAUGUUCGAUCAUUAAAACGCUACUCGGCCACCUGCCAUUGGCUCAAGCCGCUGCAUAGCCACUGCGGCUGGCGGAUGGGGACGAGGAUGGUGGAUGUUCCGCGCAGCGCGUUGGGGUGCGCUGGUGGUUGGUGCAUUGUGCGCAUUUGAGGUCUGGCACUUCUUCCAUGGAUGCAUCUUCUAUGGCUGCCGAGAACAUCUGGGCGAGGCCCAGCGAACGACAUCGUUCUCAGCCGAAGAGGCGCUUCGAUGCCUUACGAGGCUGGAGGUGCCUCACUUCUUUGCCUUUGGGGAUUCCUGGACCCGCGGUGUCUUUUUCGACCUCGUUUCCUUGUUGAACGGCACUGAGCACCUCAUCCAUCCAGGCCAUUUCGCCAACUUCUCCACGGACUGCACUGUGCUCCAGCGGCGACCACCGACGAACCGAAGCAAAUGUGCAGGCUUUGAUUACCUGGUGACGCACAAAGGUGAGGUUCAACCCUUCACAGCCAUUGCUGGAAAACUGCGGUUCACUUACAGGCUUAAGACCUUCACCUCCGACGAGACCUUCGAUGCAGCCGCCUUGGACGAGGCCUUCGAUUCCAGGCCACCUGGCCUUGUGCUGUUGAACUGUGGCCUUUGGGACAUGCAGUACCCGCCAGGUGGGUCGCCUCCAGAGGGACUUGAGCAGUUUGAGCGGCACCUCAGUCACUUCUUAGACGACCUCUACAACCGGCUGGGGCCACACCAGAACACGAGGGUCUUCUGGCUCACCUUACCAGCUCUUGCCAGUGAGAAGCUUCCGGUCCGGACAGCCGGGAUGGACUGGGGUGAGGCGUCACCGGUGAGGCGUCUACCGCUUGGACAUGCAAAACAAAUGGCUGGGAGAUUGCCAGGCAAAGUGCGUGAGACAUCUCAAGGGAUUCCAGAAUCAAACCGAAGACGUUUAGUUGUUU